AACAAAUAACAUUUCCGGCUGAUUUAUUUACAAAUUUCGUUCAGUUACUCUCUUUUAUCCCAUAUAAUUUUAAUUUUAAAAUGUAUAAAGAUGAAGGAUACUACGACAGAAAAUAUGCCUAUAAAAUGUAUUGCGACAAAUAUCCACAAAAUAAAAAAUAUAGUGAUGAUAAUCUAGAUCAAUGCAUAAACGAUUUUGAAGCACUAAAGUUAUCUGCUUUAGCAAACGCUAAUAAAAUUAAACAGUAUGUAAAAAGUGUCACUAUUGGACCCGAAGCUUCAGCAGAAGAGGAAAUCAAAGUCACAUUAUCAGAAAUUAAUAAUGAUUCUAAAAAAAGAAGUAUUAAGUCACGUUUAGGACCUCCAGUGUCAAAUCGUUAUCAGCUUAAAUCAGCUGUUAUAAAAAUUGAGAAUAAACCACCAAAUGACAAUACCACUUGUAGUUCGUGGAAAGAAAAUGUUCGUAGCAAUGUAAUGAAUAAUAAUAUGUUAAGAUAUGAAUUGGAUCAAGGUAAUAGAUAUGUUGCACAGAAAAAAGUUUGGGAAUUACAAAAGAAAUUUAAUGCUUUUGAUCAAUACUUGUAUGAAAAAUCAAAGCAAGAGUUUAGUAACAGGCAAUCUGCUUAUAAUGAAAGAUUGGAAAGAAUAGAAUCUGAUAUGAUACAGAAUCUAGAAAAGUAUCAACAUGAGGUAAAUAAGAAGAAGCAACAAUUGUUACAAGAACAACAAGAGCAAGUUCAGCAAAAACAUAGAAGAGCUUUGGAAAUAAAAAAACAAGAAGAAAUUAGAAAAGAGCGAUUGAAGAAAAAGGCAGAAUUGGAUGCCAUAUUUAACUCCCAAAAAGAAUUUCGCACGAUAUAUGAAGAAAUUGUUAAAAAAUUUGGAUCAUACCAAGAUGUCAUAUCAAGAGAAGUUUUAACAGAAUUCAGUGACGAAGUUAAAGUUCUUGUAAAUGAUAUAGAUAAAUUAGCACUGAAAAGCAAGGAUGGAUCAACAUGCCCUGAAGACGUUAUUAAAGCUCAACAACUGGUCGAUGGAAUUAGAAAGCAAUGUAGUUUAAUAAAUACAGAAUAUUGUAAGGCAGUUACUAGCAUUCAAAACCAAAACAAUGCACAAACACAAAGGCAUACACAGAAACUAGAUUCCCCUAAAACGGAAUAUGUUGAGCAAGUCCAGGCAAAACAACCAGUAGCAGAAACAGAUAGUAUUUUGCAAACUACCGAAAAUAGCCAUGUAGACAAUUCUGGAGCUAUCAGUGAAUAUGAAUAUGGGAGCAAAUUAAAUUGGAGAAAAGUAGCUGAACAUAGAAGCUUUAUGUUAGAAUUUGCCUCAUAUUUUCAACAAUUAAAGUCUGAUCCAGCAUUAAAGAAAUUUCGAUUUGAUUGUCAAAAAGCAGUUAACAUACCAGUCAAUGCUAUUGCUGGGAAAGGAGAACAUCAUACUAAGGAUAAACUGCAAAAAUUAGAUAAUUUAUUAGCUGGAAAACAAAUUCAAAUUGGUAAAAUGGCACUAUGCGCUGGACAACAUCCUCAAGGGAUAGCUUACUGUUUUGACUUAGUUGCUAAGAGCAUGGUGAAACAAGGAACCCAUGUUGCUAGCAAUCCCGAAUCUGCAUUUCCUAUUGCCUUUGUAAUAGCAGCAUUAUGGAGUAAAUAUCCCAAUUUUGGAAAAUUAAUUUUGGGAUAUUUUUAUGAAACAUGUCCAUAUCUUGCACCUGUAUAUCCUAUUAAAACAUCAGAUAUGACUGAAAUAGAAUAUCAGAGACUUUUGGGAUAUGAAGUUUCAUCAGAUGGAGUAGUUGAAGCAACUGAUUUAUUUCUAAAACGUGUUUGUGGAACUGGAAGAUUGUUUUUUGCUGUAAUGAUGGUUUCUUGUAAUAAUCAUCCUUUUGCCUUAAACCACGCUUGGUCAUGGCUCGCGGAUACUUUAAAUUUUGCGCCAAAACCUGAUAUCAGCGCAAGUCUUAUUUUACAAUGUUUAGAAGUCACAGGACAUAGUCAAAUGAAUUGCUACAAACAGCAAUUUUCAAAAAUCAUGAUGGUACUUAUAGAAGAAUAUAUGCCAGCAUUAGGAAAGGUUGAUAGUGGUGGUCCUUAUGCAAGGUUAAAAGAAUUUUUAUUAAAGGCAAUAGAAACUGGUAUGAUAAAACCUCCUAAGUACACACCAAAUACAGAUACGGUUGAGUAUCUUUAAAUACGAAAUAAUUAAAUUGAACUUAA